GCCUUUUUCAGUGGGCAACGCCGCGACACAUCUCUCUUCACCGCAUCCCAAGACCCAACUCUCUGGCCGACACUCCUUAUCCAAGAAAAACUCUCUAGCCGACACCGCAUUCUCCGCCCAAACGCCGGCCAGAUCCGAGUCGUGGGCGGCGCGUCAGAACACGGCCGGAGUGCGUGAGGCCAGCAGGCGGGCGGCGUGCCGGAGCGCGUACUACUCCAUCGAAGAUCGAACUGUGUUCCUUGCCAGGAACAGGACGGUCCUGUCAUAGAGAGGCAACAAGAGGCUCCUAAGUGAAGAGUGAAGAUUUUGUGAGAACAGAGAAGCACUGAAGACUUUGAGAGGAUUAGGUCAUCCAGAGACCAAUAUGAUUGAAGUGACGGCAAGCGCUUUGAUGGGGGUGAUAGACCCCCUCCUUGACAAGCUCUCUGCAGUGCUGCAGAAAGAUCAUGCCAAGCUCAAAGGUGUGAGCCAGAAUAUUGCCUUUCUGCGAGAUGAGCUAAGCAGCAUGAACACUGUGCUGGCGAUGGUUUCAGAGUCGGAUGAAGUAAAUCCACUGAUGAAGGAGUGGAUUUGUCAGCUGAGAGAGCUGGCCUACGAUGUUGAAGAUUGCAUCGAAAUCUUCAUGCACCAUCUCAACCGUGAUGGUGCCUGCAACAGCUUCAUCCACAAGAUGAUAAGCAAGAUCAUCACCUUGAAAGCUUGCUAUCAGAUAGGUGAUCAGAUUAAUGAGCUCAAGGAGCGUGCAUUGGAGGUUAGCGAUAGGCAUAAAAGGUAUGAGCUCGAUUUAUCUGGCCAGUGUUCAAAGUCUGUGGUAAUUGACCCCAGGUUGCCUGCGCUCUUUGAAGAGGGGGAUACAUUUGUGGGUAUUGACAGCCAAAGGGACAUACUUGUCAAGUGGCUUACUGAUAGCAGUGAUUCACACCCGCAGCGCAAGGUUGUCUCAGUUGUUGGAUUUGGUGGAUUAGGAAAGACAACCCUUGUUAAUUGUGUCUUCCGAAGGAUUAGAAGUCAGUUUGAUUGCAUGGCUUUUGUGUCUGUAUCCCGAUGUCCUAACGUUAACAAGAUCCUUGCAGAUGUGCUAUUGCAAGUUCUUAAGAGAAGUAGCUCAAUUACAGAGGAUCAAAAUAAAGGUCUCUAUCUCAGAACAUUAGGAUAUCUAGAACUUGUCAACAUGAUUAGAGAGCAUCUUCAAAAUAAAAGGUACUUUGUCAUAAUCGAUGACAUAUGGAGCAAACAAGCUUGGAAAGACAUCGAAUGUGCUUUCCCCCACAAUAAUAGUGCGAGUAGAAUAAUAACAACCACACGAAUUCAAGAUGUUGCUGAGAACUGUAGCUCUCCACACAGAAAUUAUGUUUAUCUGAUGAAGCCCCUUGACAAUGAUGACUCAAGAAGAUUGUUCUUGAAAAGGGUUUUUUGUGAAGGUGAUUGUCCUCUUGAAUUGAAGGAAGUUGGUGAUGAUAUACUGAGAAAGUGUGAUGGGUUGCCACUUGCUAUAGUUAACAUAGCUAGUCUAUUAGCAACCAUACCAGCCUCAAAGAAACAGUGGGAGAAGGUACGGAAUUCUCUUUUAUCUGCACUUAAACAGCAUCAUGAGCUGGAAGUGGUAAAAAGGAUUUUGCUUCUUAGUUAUUACGACCUACCUCACCAUUUAAAGAUAUGUUUGUUGGAUCUAAGCAUGUUCCCAGAGGAUCAUGAGAUUGAUCGACUGCGUUUGAUCAGGAGAUGGAUGGCUGAAGGAUUUAUUGUUCAUCAACGAGGACAAUAUUUGGAGGAUACCGGAGAAAACUACAUCAAUGAGCUUAUCAACAGAAACAUGAUCCAACCAGUGGACAUUAACUAUAGUGGUAGACCAAGAGCUUGUCGGGUACAUGAUAUAAUGCAUGAUCUUAUUAUAUCAAUAUCAUUGAAAGAAAAUUUUGCUACCAUAGUAGAUGAUCAUAAGCUAUCACCUUUGGCUUACAAGAUUCGACGCCUCACCCUCGUGGGCAAUUGUGAAGAGCAAAAUCUAUGGCAGGGAAGUAACAUCUUGUCUCAUGUUCGGUCAUUUAGUGUCUUUGGUGAUGUUAAGAAGAUGCCCUCUAUCAUGGAUUUUCAAGUUUUACGAGUCUUAGAUCUGCAUGAUUGCUCUAAUUUGGAGGAUGGAGACAUUGGGAAUGUUGGAAAUUUAAUCCAUCUGAGGUAUCUAAGUCUCUCCAAUAGUAACAUUAGCAAGGUCCCACGACAAAUUGAGAGGCUACAACAUUUGCAGACACUGGACCUGAGAUGUACCAGAAUAGAAGAAUUGCCAGCAACUGUUGCUGAACUCCGCGAAUUAGUGCGCCUAUUUCUGCCUACUGGUGUUAGACUCCCAAAUGGUUUCAGUAAUUUGGAAGCUCUAGAAGAGCUGUCAGGUUUAGAUGUCAGUAGGAAUUCCCCAGAAAUUGUGCUAGAGCUAGGGAACCUAACUAAAAUGAAGGUGCUUGGGAUUGUGUGGUAUCUGGAUGGAUCAGUUAUCGACAAAGGAAGGUUCAAGCAAUCUUUGAUCUCAUCGUUGUGCAGGCUAGGAGAAAGAAACCUCCAGUUUCUAAGUUUUACAAGUAAUAGUGGUUCUUCUGUAGAUUUCUUGGCUGAUUCAUGGUGCCCUCCUCCACGUCAUCUACAGACACUGUUCAUGUGCGGUCUAACUGUCCCCAGUUUCUCUAGACUCCCUAAGUGGAUAUCAUCCCUUGUCGAACUCACCUGCUUAGAGAUUUCUAUAGAACAAUUGAGAUUAGGGGAUCUGCAGGUUCUCAGAGAUUUUCCUUCCUUGCUCUGCCUCCGAAUUUACCUAAAAGAAUCCCCACAGGAAACACUCAGGAUCAGUCCUGUUGGAUUCCAGUUUCUGAAGGAGCUCUGUUUUUACCCAUUGGAUGGUAAUUUGGCUUCUCUCAAUCCAAGAAACAGAAAGGAAAGAUUGAGCCUUACGUUUGAAGCAGGGGCAAUGCCAAGGCUUGAGCUGCUUCAUUUUAGAUUUGCUGCACAUGGUAGCUUUGAUUUCGGCAUCAGCCACCUCAUUUCUCUCAGGCAUUUGCGGGUGUUUAUUAAUUGCCGGGGUGUGAAUCCUCGGGAGGUGGAUGCCGCUGAAGCUGCCAUCAGAAAUGCAGCUGCUCUCCUUCCCAACCAUCCACUGCCAGGGAUUUUUCGGGCACAUGAAGGAGCAAUGGUACAGGAGGAGCAUAUAGAUAGCACAGACCAUCUUGCCCAACAACUGGACGGUAGCAGGUGCAAGCAGAAGAAGAUUCGGAUCAGCAGUUUUGGAACUUAGCAUUAACUGCAAGUCUCUUGUUUAGGUUACAACGGAAGCACGAUGAUGUCCUUGUUAUCAACAGGGUUGUUGAUUGAUCUGUUCAUUUUUCUGAGAGAAACAAAAAAGAGAAAAAAGAAGGGAAAAUGAACAUGCUCUCUGCGGCAUUUCCAACUCUACAUGACAAAGUGCAUGCUCUCUAUUCUGGAACAUGUUAUGCGUUGGCCUUACCUCUUUCUUGAAAAACCAAACAAUGCUGUGUGUGAUUAAGUUUCAGAAUGAUCCGGAUGUAGAUUCACUAGAAAAAUAUGGGAGAACAUUUUGGUUUGGGCGACAAAUCAGGCAAUAUAUCCAAGGGAAUGGCCUCAAGCAGACUCGGUACACCACUCGUGGUCCAACUUAGCGACAUCGGCAUGUGCAAUGAGGAAGGGUCUACGCUCCCUAAUAGUGCUUGCCACGUGGGUAAUUUGAAAAGAACGUGAUGCAAGAAUUUUUAAGCGACAGGAAUCAUCCAGCAGCUCAGUGAUGGCUCGUGUCCAGGAGGCGGCAAAGGGAUGGAUGAUGGCGGGAGCAAAGCAUCUUGCUACUCUUUUCACGAUGAGCUAUCAAACAUGAUUAAGUACUGUGCAGAUAAAUCCAUGAGUAUUACUUGACAGUCGUUACUUUGCAAAUGUAUGAAAGAAAUGGACUAGUAAUUUUAGUCCUGGAAUGGGUUAGGAGAAACAGUCAAACAAAUAGUAGCUAAGGUUUUUUAUAUUGCACAAAUGAUGAGCUA